AUGAAUACUACACCCGUCACCAACCAACGUUUACGAAUACUUCAACUGAACAUGAACAACUCACGAUACGCACAUGACGACUUACUGAAUGGGAAGCUGGCCGACGACUGGGAUGUGGUGGUGCUGCAGGAGCCGUGUCUGGAUAGGGUGGGGAACACGAGGGCGACGGCAUCGUGGCGGGUGGUGUAUCCC